AUGACUGGAAUGUUUUAUGAAACUCACUUUUCGUCUCAUUCUGAUGCGCCAUCUUCACAACAGUCAUCUGGAUUAGCCAGGGUUAAUGAACAUCCCUCUUACAAACGUGACAUUCCUCAAGAACUUCUAUCCCAUGCUACCGUCAUUGUCAUGAUAAUAUCUUGGUCUGCAAAGAAAUCCUUUGCCUUUGUCAAAGAAAUCAUAAUCUCAUGCUUUACUGUAAAUGUUUUAUUUGUUUGUUCAUUUGUACUGGGUACUUCCAAUAAAAUUUUUCAUCCCAAAUAUAACAAGCUUGCCGAGCAAGAAGUAGCUGAGGAUUGCUACCAAACCUUACUUGUGGAACCCCCAUUUACAUAUACUGUAGUGUUUCCUCUUGAGUACUCCUUGGAUACUGGUACCCUCUCCUCUGAAUUUGACCAUGUCAGUAUUUUCGCAACAUGGGCUGCCAUACCUCCUUUCUGCCGAUACUGUCACUCGGAUAAACAUGCUCUGAUCGAUUGCGAUUUACGCAAAAAAGCUACUAUGUGUCGCCUAUGCAACGCUGGAGGUCACAUAGCCAAGUCCUGUUCCUGCAAGAAUGAAUCUUCUGUAACCUCACAGAAAUGCUGUAAGAUUCUGGCCAUACAAGAGACACCUCAACCCUUGACACCCUCUUCUUCUGUCGUGGUGCUUCCUCUUCCCUCAUCCUCUUCCACUGAUGUUCUGACAACUACAGGCCGUGUCAAACGCAUUCAAAAUUCUCUAGAGCGAUCUGUGACAUGCUCUCAGACCUCUCUUGUAGUACCUAAUGCUCCAAACAAUUCUAACCCCGUCAAUGAACACAAGUUACCUUUGCCUUGUCAAUACUGUGGUCUACUUGGCCAUCAGCGCUCCAAUCACAAUGCUUGCCUAAAAACCCCCAAUAUAUUCAGAAGGAGACUACUUCCAAUGAUAUGGAGACAGACUUUGACGAUUCCAAUGACAACGACCCUCUUUCUGCAAAUGAGCAUGCAGAUCCUCUUGGAUCGCCCCAAUAAUUAA